CAGCACUCGGCUCUGCCAGCGGUCGCAUGCGCUCGUCCAACAUUGAUUCGGCGCUCUAUUUUUUCUGGUUUUUUUUCACCUUCUCGGCCUCCCUAUUCUGUGCUCUGUUCUAGCUGCACCCCCCCCCCCCCUCCCCCAUCUGCGCACUUGCGCGUGUGUGAGAGUGUGUGCGUGAGUCUUGCGCCGCCGCGGCCCAGGGAUCAGAACAGACACCACCACACUUUGCCAAGGAUUCUUUUUUUUUGUUCACGGUUCGUGGAAAGCACUGUUUUAUUUUAAGUGCAUCCAUCUCGUCGUUGAAUUUUUUUCUUCUAAUAUUAACAUUUCUAUUUUUAUUAGACAAUAUUUGUUGUUACAAUUGUUUUAAUUGUUUUUGCUGGUUGUGGCCCUUCUAUAAAAUCUUCCUUUUUAUUUUAAACUUUGGCCCACUGUUUCUUGUUAUUAUUAUUAUUUAUUUUUUACAACCCCCCGCCCCACUGCCCCAUCUACUAACUCUCUACAGUCUGCCAAACGUGCGUUUGCUUUACAUUGGGGAGGGAAGAAAAAAAAAAACUGGUGCAGGAGACUUUUCUUCUUUUUUUUCCACUUUAAACGCUGUGCCAAAUUUAUGAUGAGAGUGCAAAAUGGAUGAAUUUCAUCCCUUCAUCGAGGCCCUCCUCCCCCAUGUCCGUGCCUUCUCCUACACCUGGUUCAACCUGCAGGCCCGCAAGCGCAAGUACUUCAAGAAGCACGAGAAGAGGAUGACCAAGGACGAGGAGUGCGCGGUGAAGGACGAGCUGCUCGGCGAGAAGCCGGAGAUCAAGCAAAAGUGGGCCUCGCGCCUGCUGGCCAAGCUCCGCAAGGACAUCCGGCCGGAGUUCCGCGAGGACUUUGUGCUCACCAUCACGGGGAAGAAGCCCCCCUGCUGCGUGCUGUCCAACCCCGACCAGAAGGGCAAGAUCCGCCGCAUCGACUGCCUGCGCCAGGCCGACAAGGUGUGGCGGCUGGACCUGGUGAUGGUCAUCCUGUUCAAGGGCAGCCCCCUGGAGAGCACGGACGGCGAACGGCUGGUCAAGUCGCCCCAGUGCUCCAACCACGGCCUGUGCGUGCAGCCGCACCACAUCGGAGUGGCGGUCAAGGAGCUGGACCUCUACCUGGCCUACUUCGUCCACUCGCCAGAACAAUCAGGACAAUCAGACAUCUCAAACCAGCAAGGAGAAACAGACGUCAAGCCCCCGGCGAAUGGCCACUUGAGUUUCCAGGACUGCUUUGUGACUUCUGGGGUGUGGAACGUAGCCGAGCUGGUCCGUGUGUCGCAGACCCCAGUGGCGACGGCGACCGGCCCCAACUUCUCCCUGGCUGACCUGGACAGCCCCGGCUACUAUAACAUCAACCAGGUGACCCUGGGACGGCGCUCCAUCACCUCCACCCCCUCCACCAGCUCCAACAAGCGCAAGUCCAUCGACGACAGCGAGAUGGAGAGCCCGGUGGACGAUGUCUUCUACUCGGGCCGUUCCCCAGCAGCUGGCAGCAGCUCCCAGUCCAGCGGUUGGCCCAAUGAUGUGGAUACAGUGCAACACCAUUUGGCCAGUGUGCAGGAGAGGAAGAUUAAGCAUGAGAGUGAUGGAGUGCAGUUUCCUUACCAUGGACUCUCAUCGCCUGGUUCUCUUAAGAAGCCGGGGAAAUACGAUUUCAGCGCCCUGUCCUCCCAGACGAGGUCCCCCCGCAUGGCGUUCACCCACCACCCACUGCCAAUGCUGGCGGGAGUGAGACCAGGGAGUCCCCGUGCUUCAGCCUCGGCCUUGCACUUCCCGUCUCCCUCCAUCAUCCAGCAGUCUAGCCCCUACUUCACCCACCCAACCAUCCGCUACCACCACCACCCUGGACAGGACCCCCUGAAGGAGUUUGUGCAGUUUGUCUGUGCCGACGGCUCGGGGCAGGCCACCGGACAGCAUACUCCACGCCAGGCGCCACAGCUCCCAACAGGUUUGUCGGCAUCGGAUCACGGGACAACAACUUUUUGAACAUCCCGCAGCAGACACAGUCUUGGUUCCUCUGACAAGAUCUGUGCACCAACCAGCAACUAGAAUUCUUUCUUUACAAUCGGAAAUAGAAAAGCAGAGAAACAACCCGCAGGUUAACAGCCGUCCUCCAUCACCUCCACCCACCGACCGGCCCACACCGAAACACAACCGAGCAACGCAGGAGAAACGACAGCAGCACGGCGCUUUUUUUUAGAGGAACUCUGGACUCAUUUAUCCAGUCAGAGGUGAGGACCCGCUUCUUUUCUCCAGCGAGGCGGCGUAUCGAUGGAAAAGAUGAACGGAAGGACGAAGAGGACGCCAGGAUGAAGAAGGGGUGAAGGGGUGGAGCGGCAGCCAGCCGCUCGCUCCUUAGAAUACACAACACCGAACCAGCAGGAGGAACCCGAGCAGGAGGAACCCGAGGUCAACUCCUCCUCCUCCGUGAGGACGCAUUGUGUCAUGAAUGGCUAAGAAAAUCAACUGUCGCAACAACAACAAACAAACAAACAAAAAUCUGUUUUUUUUCCCACACAACAUUUAAGCUCCACCCACAAUGAACCCGUUAUUUGGUUUCCGCCCCGUGCUCCUGUGAUGUCUGCCCAUCACCCAAAACUAAAUCCAAUUGACCGACGUUUCCUCUCCGUCCACUAGAGAGAGAGACCAUGCCAAAACAUAUCUUGAUUGAGGGUUGCACUAGAAGCUCGAAUCAAUUAACACUAAUCGUAACGAUGUGCACUAUUUACCUACAGGCAUGGUAGGUGAACCAGACUGGCCUAUUAGGAGGUUUACAGAGGGGGGAAAGCCAAGGUGGCAAGGAGCCUCCGCGUGUCCUCAAACCCCCCCCCCCCAUCAGUUUGACAAAUCAUUUGGCCUCCGCUCAUUCUCACACCUCCACCCCUGCGCGUGCGACACACACACACACACACACACUUGCACAAUCUGUGCCACAAUCACAGCGCGUGUGGUACAAUUUACUACGCACACACACACAUACACACACACAGUUGCCCAGUCAGACAUUUUUAGAUUGUAGGUGGUGGUGUUGGGUUCUUUUCUUCCCGUUUGAUAUGCACACACGUGUCAGCCCAGUGAACUCACUCUACCUAUUUGAUUAGAAACGCCGUAUUUCGGACUAGACAGCAGCUAUUGGUUCCCCCCGUUUGCCCUCUAGUAAUGUAGAUGAUUAUCUCUUGUGUGUUCUCUUAUUUGAAUUUAUUCCUUUUUGGAUUUGUACUAUUUUAUAAUUGUUUUGUAUUUGAAUGACAGCACCUUAUAGAGACACACAGUGGGAUGUUGAAGCGGUGUAGACAGGGUGGUCAGCUGACCUGGACCAAAUAGUAGAUGCCAAAACAAGUCAAGACGAGGUUUGACCUUUUAGGAAAUGCGCUAGUUCUUUCCCUUGUUUUUCUUUUCUCUUGCCGAGAUUGAGACGAGCUGACUCGGCAAAGAAACAAAAUGAGCGAGAAGCGUGUUUUCCACAGUGUCAAACUGGUUCUUUUGUUCCCAGUGCCAGAUGAACCAAUUUGCCACCUACUGUACGUUGGAGGACCACACGAUGCAGGAUUUUGACAAUCACAGGAAGCGUAAUUUCUGGCGAACGUACCUGCUGAACCAUACAGUUUCAUAACAGAAAGCCCAACUAGCCUCAUCUUCUAUUUGGCCCAGGCCCAGCCGCUGCUUGUGCUGCUGCUGGUGGUGGUGGUGGUAUGAGUGAUAGAAGAAGAAAAAACAAAGCAAGGAGGUGGAAGGUUGCUGAAGACGGGACCCCGAGUCUCCCUAGAGUUUACCCAGUUGUUUACACUCCCAGACGGGCCGCUGCUCCAAGAGCAGAGGGCGCCACACUGCGGAGCAAAAUGAAUAUGUGACAUAUCCGGCUGUUGGGACGAGGGCGCCUCCAAGGCCGCCGGUAGGAGGAUCACCCAUGUGCCCCGCUUUUUGUUGUUGUUUUUGUUUCGGUGCACAGGAUCAGGAUUAUAUGUCAAUGCCCCCAACACACACACACACACACACAAACACACACACCAGCACUCCCCCUUUACUGUUGUGAAUCGAUGAGCCCUUGAUGAUCAAAAUCUGCACUAAAACAAUCAUACCAGCCGACCUUGUGAGUUUUCAUGAGUAUUCGACCGCCACUUAAGUGUUUUUCUAAUCAGUGGACGCAUCACUGGGAUGGAAUUGCACUCGCAGAGCAUCUUAAAGUCACCGACCACUAUUACGCCCCCGCGACUGAAUUCAAAGGGAAGUCUUUAAAAAAAAUGAAUAAAAGAAAAAACAGACAAUCUGAGGAGGCCUUGAUGCUUUUAAUCGUUUUCACACCAAUCCGCCCGCACAUACUCCCACUGAUUCUUACCCGUCAAAAGUAGAAAAUCUCCCAUCCGACCUCACAAAAUAACUGGACUGCCUGGCCAUGUUCUUCACUGCAGGGAAACACGACCGAGUCGUAGAGAGAAAAGCAGCUGUGCUGAGUAAAGGGCGUCAAUGGCGGCUGAAGCGAUUUCUUUUUCUAAUCUAUGGAAGUGCCUCUGUAUUCCCAUUAUGCAAUUUGUCAAACAUGAAUUCAGGUUCAUUUUUCUCACGUAUAAGCUAUAGCGCAUGGUGAAAAAAAAAACACGUCAGGAGAGGGAGACAACGAGAAGGAAACGGCGAAAAAGCUCCCUAGAUAAUCGCAAGCAUCUUUAUAUAUAAUACACAUAUAUAUAUUUAUAGAUAUAUAUAAAUUGUUUUUGUUUUAUUUGCAAGAUAAGCUCUGUGGCAGUCUAGUUAUUUUUUGAAGCGUGGCGUACAUCGCGCAGUCAUAGGAUGCAUCGCAAAAAACAACCCGCCGUCUCCAAACCCACAUUAUUAAAACAUUAUGCGUGGCAAACACAACAAUAGAUGAUAAUAGAGUCGAGGAUGAUAAUAAACAAAAAAAGAUUAGAUUUUGUUGUUUUCUUUCUUGUUUUGAUGGGAAGUAUUGUUCUUGAAACUAAAUGAUGUAUGUCGAUUGAGCCAUGUGCAAUGCCUUGGUAGAGGAAUUGUGUUUGUUUGUUAGCGAUUGUUUUGAGGGCGUCUCGAGAAAAGAGGGCAGAACCCUCUAAGGUUUCUUUUCUUUUCAAGUCCACGUGCUCCAGGACUCUAAAUACAAGGGCGGAGAGAUGAUAUCCCAGUCUUUGUUUGGGGAAAUUUGUUUUUUUAUUUCCUUUUGUUGUUGUUUUUUUGUUUUUCUUCUUCUUCUUGCGUUUAUCAAAAAUGUUGAUUUCUAUUGAUUUUAUUUUCAAAAUGUGGGAGGGCUGAAGGAACAAUUUUGCAACUCGUAAAAAAUAUAUAUCACUAUGAAAAACCUGGUGCUUUCGUAAAGAAUAAAGUAAAUUCAAUCUCUAUUAUACAUAAAUAGUAAUAAACAAAACAAAAAGUGUUGUCAUAAGAGCAAAUUUUAGGAAAACAUGCAUUAGUCUAUUUCUCUUUUCUUUUUUUGUAUUUACCGAUUGGGGGGGUUCAUUGUUCUGAAAAAAGGUUGUUGUGACAAAAGGCACCCCACACACACACACACCUUUAUACGGGAGAGAAUGAUGACACCUGGUCUGAUGUAAGACGUCCAGUUGGCUCAGGGAGAGCGAGUUAGAGGCCUCCUCUGGUCAGAGGGGCGCCAUCAUCGAUUCAAGUGCCCCCCCCUCCCCACUUUCCUUAACACCGAAUCUCCCCCUGUAAAUGAUUAUAAAUACGUGUUUGGUGACGUAGUGUUAUAGACUCAGAGCAUCUAAAAGGUUGUCCCUAAAAAGUGCCUUUUGUUCACAGAUUCCAUCUCGUAAUCCUGAGUGCCCAUCUCGAAAGAAACAAACAAAAAAAUACACAAAAAACGUCCCCCUCCUUCAUACUUCUAUAUCUUUCUCUUCCUCUUCUUGGAGCUUUUUACGAGCAGUAUACGUAGUACUAAAGGACAUUGGUGUGAUUUAGUUCCUCUUUUUAUUGUUGAAUAAUUAGGGAAAGCAUAAAAAUAAAAAAAAAGCCACAAAAAAAAAGAUAUUUUCUGCUUCUCUUCCUCUGUAUCUUGUCUUCUUCUGUCUUCUCGGACACUGGAGUAGUCUGUAGCCGCGUAACGCUCCCCCCCCCCCAUGCCCCCUCCCUUUUCUCCCUUUCUCUGAAUGGCGGGGUUGAAAAAAGAAAAAAAAGAUUACGCAAAGAUUUUGGUUUUUAUUUUUUUGUCUGAGCAGAAUGCAGUUAGCUCACAUGUUAUUCUUCUUGUCUGUACGCUUUCACAUUGUAUCACCAUACCCAUCUUCUUCCGCUUCUCCAUUCAACAGCUAAUGUAAGUGAACAAGUUACACCACGGGGCUCUGGGCUGUGCGGAGGACGACGGAGCUAAGAAAUAGUCCUGUGACACAUCACCUCCUGUCGGAGGGAGGAGAGCACUCGUGUAAAGGUCUGGGUUCGGCCGGAAGUGAGCGAGAGAGAGAAAAAAGAAAGAGAGAGAUGGAGGGAGAGAGAGAUGGUCAGUUGUGUUGCUAGUGUAGGCGGAUGUGUUCGUAAUCCUUUUUUUAAUAAUUGAAUUUGGAUUCUUUCUUUUUGUUGGUCAUUGUUACUUUAUUGAGACCUUCAAUUAUGCACCUUUCUAGUGGUUGAAUGUGACCAGCUAUUUAAAUUGUAUUUAUAAUUUUUUUAAAUUUAGUUUUAUGGACUUGAAGCACCUUCUAGAGCGGAGCGGUUCCACAGCUCAGGUCACAGGCUGAGCGCGGGCACGAGACGCUGUGCACGUUCUCCUGAGCCGCAGCGUCUGAUUGGCCGAAGGGAAGAAGAAAAAGACGACCCAGUUCUAGAGAAAAGCAGCGGGGAAAUUACACCAGCAACAGCCAGCGAUUUACAGAUUCCUGUGAAGAAAAUUUAAAAAAAAUCAAUAUUCAACUUUUUUUGUGAUAUACUAUAAUUGUUUCUUCAUCAUGCAAAUGCAGCCAGCAGCAGUAUUAUCAAGCAAGCCUUUGACAAGAGAAAGCGCCACAGUUUGAGAAGCCAUAGCAGAGACGAACGGGUCGCACGGGGCUGUGUGUGUGUGUGUGUGUGUGUGUGUGUGUGUGUGUGUGUGUGUGUGUGUGUGUGUGUGUGUGUGUGUGUGUGUGUGUGUGUGUGUGUGUGUGUGUGUGUGUGUGUGUGUGUGUGUGUGUGUGUGUGUGUGUGUGUGUGUGUGUGUGUGUGUCUACGUUUCUGCCCCUGCACCGUUCAAAGAGCCCAGUCAGACCAUGCGGCUGAACUGUCCGCUGUUUUAUUUUUACAUUUAAUUUUUUAAUUUCCUUCGUUUGUUUUGAAGACGUUUUGUCGGAUGCUGGGCGCUAUGUUUAGUGUAGACUGAGCCCCCAAACCCACCUGGCCAGCCUCGGUCCUGGAAACCCCCCUCCCACCACGAGUGCUCCUCCUCCUCCUCCUCCUCCUCCUCCUCCAUCAGACACACCCCCAGAGCCCAUGGUGAAAUGCAUGUGUUAAUUACAGUUUCUUUUCCAUAAUAAUAAUAAAGAAAAAAAAACAGUUUGAAAAGAGCAACACCUUCUUGAUUGAAUAAACGGAUGUUCUUGGCUGUA